UACGACAAUAUGGUAACGCUGGCUGUGAAAUUGCGACUCUGCGAGUCAGUGCUCCGUCCACCACCAUCAAGGUUGGACGUACGGCCGUGCUCUCCCUCCUCCUCCACCUCCUGAGUAUUCCUGGCGGGCAGCGAUGGGCAAGCAGAAGAGACGCAACGCCUUCUUCUACUUCAUGAUGGCCGAGAAACCCGAGGUGGAGAAGCGGCUCAAGAGAAAGGUGGAGAAGCGGCUCAAGAGAAAGGUCGAGAAGCGGCUCAAGAGAAAGGUGGAGAAGCGGCUCAAGAGAAAGGUGGAGAAGCGGCUCAAGAGAAAGGUGGAGAAGCGGCUCAAGAGAAAGGUGGAGAAGCGGCUCAAGAGAAAGGUGGAGAAGCGGCUCAAGAGAAAGGUGGAGAAGCGGCUCAAGAGAAAGGUGGAGAAGCGGCUCAAGAGAAAGGUGGAGAAGCGGCUCAAGAGAAAGGUGGAGAUGGCCAAGCUGGUGACGGCGGAGUGGCAGGCACUCCCGAAGGAACAGUGGAAGAAGUACCAGCUGAUGACCGGAGAAAGCAGGGAGAGGCUGGAGUGCCGAGGGGUGCCGCUGCGGUGCCUGGACGAGGCGGCCCGGGAGGAAAAGCACCAGGCCGAGGAGAUGAAGAGGGACAUUGCCGACUUGGUGGACAUGUACCGGAUGGGCAAUGGUGUCUGGUGUGUGCGUGCGAGUGUAUGCGUACAUGUGUGUGUGUGUGUGUGUGUGUGUUUACCUAGUUGUGACAUAUGGGAAAAGAGCUAUGUUGGUGCUGUCCCGUCUCCAUAUCCACUCUUAUCCAAUUUUUCCUUAACCUGGUGGUAGCAGCGGGGAUCAUGUUUCUUAAUGGUCCCUCCA